CUGUCCUUUUUGCCCACUGCUGUGCCCUUUUCCAUUCCUUGCGCCGGCUGGGCUGAUCAUGGCUGAGUCAGGGAAGGGCGGCAUGUUGCGCCAGGUAAUGCAGAAGGUCUCGAAAGUCUUUAACCGAGGCCUGAUGCGCAAAGACAGCAGCAAAAAGGCGGAAGACCUGGAUGUUGAUAGCGACUUUGACCCCGAAAACGAUGAGUUGCCUUUGUCCACGCGUGAGAAUAUCCUUGGUCGUCGUGACUCGAGAUUCAUCAUGGCAGAGACUCGCCUUGGUCAAGCCCUACCUCACAGUUUGCUCCUACCUCACCCAGUUGUAUAGACCAACAACCAAACCAAACCAAACCAAGCCAUUCACCUUAAACUUCAACUUGAACCGGAACCACACCAGAAUCUUCCUCGAACCAUCUGGAAGAACUGCAAGAUGUUCGAUUUCAGCUGCCCGAAACGAACCUGCAUAUUCUGGUUUGAGGAUCUAUUGUGCGUUCAUUCACUUUUCUUGGUGUCACUGGCUCAACAAAUUCACAGAAUCAAUUUGGAGAUGAUUGGCGAUAGCUUCGAGCUGCGUCGCGAGUUCCCUGGACUGGACAUCAAGCCUCGGCUGAUCUUCGACCACCCCAGCAUUGAGCAGCUCUCCGAAGCCAUCGUGAACCUGCCAAAGGCGGACGUGGAACCUGCCGUCAGCGAGGGCACCAGUACACGUCUCGGUGGGAGCACUGGAGAGUCAUCUGCCUACGUCUCUCGCUUCACUCAGCUGACAGAGUACGUUGCCUCAGACGCAGUCACGACCGUCAGCUAUGAAACCACAGGCAUGGAUGAUGUGUUCAUUCGCAGCAGCGAUGGCAUGGAGUGCGUGCUGAUUCCAGCCGCCUGCGCCCGAAUUGGGGAUGACGGGAAGUUUGAAGGUGGGGACAAUGAAGGCCCGAGCCACGAGGUGAAUUUGGAGAGUUUCUUGAUGGAUAUUGAACCUGUAAGUGUGGGUGCGUAUGCCCGCUUCUUGAGCAUGGUCCAUCCAAGCCAAGAACAGUUGCUUGACUGGUGCAUUUUGCCGGAGGAGGAUGAGAGAUGCUGCCACAUCCCGAUCAUGCGGGCCGAGAGUGGAGACGGUUGGCAAGUCAAGAGUGGCGUCCCAGUGAGUUGGCCCAUGAUUUUGGUCUCAUGGUAUGGUGCCAAUGCAUAUGCCUUGUGGGCACAUGGAGAGGAUUGGUCCCAGUAUAAGAGCGCAGUUUCAAGCUUUCUUCCCACGGAAGCUCAAUGGGAAUACGGCGCACGUGGAGCAAACCCUGCUCGAUUCCCUUGGGGAAACACGGACGCCAGCGAAGAGCUCCUGAAUGUGUGCUGGGAUGCUAGUGUGUACGAAGGAGUGAGUCAUGUCGCAACUCCUUUAACUGAGCUGCCGUUGGUGAGCGUGAACGUUCAGAUGGGUGUAUCUCCAUUCGGCCUGCGGGGCAUGGCUGGAAAUGUAUGGCAGUGGUGCCGUGACACGUACCAUGAGAAUUUCUACCUCUCCUCCGAUGCCAGUGCACCAAAUGCAUGGAACAGCGAGGCGGGCGACGCCAAAAGCGAGCGUGGCGGCAGCUGGGUGGGCGGCCCACAAUUGGCUCGUAGCAGCUACCGCCGGGGACGCAUCCCUGAGGCCAAGGGCCGUUGCUUGGGCUUCCGCUGCUGCGCACCAUCCACACGACUGGCUUAGACGAGAGCGAGAGCAACUCCAGACAAACAAGGAGAGCCAAAGAGCUUUGCCUGAAAUCAAUGAUUCGUGUAUGAUCAUGUGUGAUCUGCAUUGGUUUAGGUUUUGGAGAAUGCAGAGCGUGUGGGCUAAUUGAA